AUGGGGAGCUGGACGGUGUGUAAUGCCACCUUGGAGAAUGCGACCAUCAACGAAGCCCCUCUGUGGGAUGGCGGCAUCACCUUCCACCGUCUCAGCGAGCUCGUCGGCGCUGUGUUCGCCGUCGUCGCCUGCGCCGUGUCGUUCUUCCUGAUCAUGGGCCAUGCAACCCACUACAGCAAGCCGGAAGAACAACGACACAUCAUCCGCAUCUUGUUCAUGGUCCCCAUCUACUCCCUCGUCGCAUGGCUCAGCAUCUAUUUCUACCACUACGCCGUCUAUUUCGAGGUCAUCGGCGACUGCUACGAAGCCUUUUGUAUCUCCGCCUUCUUCGCCCUCAUGUGCCACUACAUCGCCCCCGACCUACACAGCCAGAAGGAUUAUUUCCGUGGAGUGCAGCCAAAGCCGUGGCUUCUCCCAGUGAGUUGGUUCAGCGCCUGUUGUGGCGGACAACGCGGGAUCUGGCGGAAUGCUCGGAACGGGCUGACUUGGUUCAAUAUUAUCUGGGUCGGCGUUUUCCAAUAUUGUUUUAUGCGCGUCUUGAUGACCAUUGUUGCGGUGGCCAGCGAGGCGGGUGACCGUUACUGCCAGGACUCUCUCAGCCCGGCCUUUGCGCACGUUUGGGUCGUGACCUUUGAGGCGAUCUCUGUCUCAAUUGCGAUGUACUGCCUGAUCCAAUUCUACCACCAAGUGAGCAAGGAUAUCAAGGAGCACCGGCCCUUCCUCAAGAUCCUCUCCAUCAAGCUGGUUAUUUUCCUUUCCUUCUGGCAAUUGAUCUUUAUCGACUUGCUCGUCUCGGCAGGCGCUAUCAAGGGGACUAAAAGGAUUCAGCUCCCAGACCUCAAAUAUGCAUUACCCGAGCUACUGAUCAACAUCGAGAUGGCGUUUUUCGGCGUCCUGCACCUCUGGGCUUUCUCCUUUCGGCAAUACGCCACCAACCCAGCGGGUGAGGUGAGCGAUUACUACGGCAACGGCAAAGUGUCCUACGAGGGUGGCAAGUUCGGCGUCAAAGCGCUAAUAGAUGCAAUGAACCCAUUCGACCUCAUCGCAGCUAUCGGCCGCGGCUUCCGUUGGCUCUUCGUCGGCCGCAAGAACCGCAAGCUGGACCCCAGUUACCGCCGGCCCCACGAGACCAUCGAUGAACCAACAGAGCUCAGCACUGCCUACGAGGGCGCCGGCACUGACAUGCCUGGCGGCCGCACUGGCCGCUACGGAUCCGCGCCAGACGAGGAGGGCGAGAUCCUUCUUUCUCACGCGCAGCCCAACCCCGAAGGCGACCACUUGGGUGCUUCCUCGUACCCCUACGAACUUGACGCCGGGCUCCACGACCUCUCUGGCCGCUACUACGGUCAGGGCGCCUCGCCUUACGACGAAUCCGAACCCCACAAUCCGGAGUAUCCGGGCACAGCGACGAACCCUUAUCCAGAUGACGGGCCCCUACGCGAACAAGCCCCCAUGCCUAUUCCAGAUCCCUACCGGCCGCCAGCUCCAUAUCCGGAGAACGAGAACCGCCAGUCAUGA